AUUUCUCCUAACUAAAAAUGAAGAAUUUAAGCUUAAUUACUAGGUGGGGUCUACGUAGGCCACGUGGGUUCUGUCCUUCACCUAAGUGUCUGUAUACAUAUUACGGUUCGGAGAAUCAGAUCACUUUCGAACCUAAAAGACAAAACACAUACUCACAUGUAUAAAGCGACCCACUCAUGUGGGAACCCCGCCGUUUCGACGCAAAACGACACCGUCACCAACACCCUCCGGCCCCCUCCAAUUCCCUGCUCUCCGCAUCGCAAUGAUCCGACGGCCACGAUCGCUCCCACGGACAUCAACGCGCCGAUCAUGAUAGCCGCCGCCGCGUCCUGGCUGGGCUCGCGCCGGAUCCGCUACUGCUUGCUCGUCCUCUGCUCGCCGCUCCUAUUGCCGUUCCUCUGCGCCGCCUUCCCGCUUCUAUGCGCCGCCGAGCUCUGCCUCCGGCGCAUCCGCCUCCGGAGGCGGAAGGAAGAGCCGCUGAUUCGGUGCGAGGAGGGUUCUGGUCGGGGCGUCGAAGAAGAAGAGGAGGGAGUGGGGCUGUUGCAGCGGUACCUGGAGGAUCAGAUGCUUCUCGUUGGAUCUGUGUACGAUUGUGGUGAUGAUUCCGAUGACGGAAAUGUUGGAUUUCAGGCCACAGCUAAUGGGAGUAGUAGCACACCUUUGUUAGGUUGAUUUUGGAGAUACAUGUAUUUGAUUCUGUCUUGUAUUUGUCUGUGUAAAUGACUUUUUCAAUUUUGUCACUAAGUUUU